GCAGCUUGUGGGGUUGGCUUACUUUCACACGUAGUGGUGUGUGUUACAUCACAUAUGCAAAUAUUGCUGCAAAAUAUUUUUGCGGCCUUUAAACUUCCUCUUCGAUUCCCUUGUAAUCGUGUAGGAUCAAAUUCCUGAUUUCAACACCACAUUUGUACUUUCCCUUUUGGCCUUUUCACUCUUCCUAUCUUCAUUUUCUCUCUCUCUCUCACACACACAAAAAAGAAAAAAAAGUCCCACAAUUUUCCAUUUUCUUAUGCACUUCCAAUGCAUCCAUUUGUGCUAAAAAUUGUUAAUUUUAUAGCUUGUAAUGUUGUUUUCUAUACCAUUUGAAGAUAUAGCUUUGAACAAAACUACUACUCGCCCGUCCCAAUUUACAUGACACUCUUUUUUUAAUCAGUCUCGUAAAGAAAAACAACUUUUUUAUAUUUAGUAAUAAUAUAAUUUUAAAAUACCUAUUAUACCCUUAAUGAAAUAAUUUCUAGCCACAAAUUCUUUUUGGCUUGUUUUAGACGUAAAGAUUCAAAACUUGGUCUUUCUUGAUAGAUUUUGUAAUCUUGUUUGGAUUCAUGUUUACUGGUAUACUUCAAGAACUGUUAAUUAUAGCUCAAAAGGCUUUUGGGUUUUUGUAAUUAAUGGUUUUUGAAUCAGUUUCUGCUAUUACCCUUGAUUUGCCUAGCCUAUUUUUGGUAUGCCCAUGUAAAAGUAAUGGCAAUUCACUAUUGAAUACAAAAAGGAAGAAAAGGGGUUUGAGGAAAUUAGGUUCAGAUUUGGAUUUGAGCCCGAAUUGGAGUUCGGGCUAUGGGAUUAGCCCGAAAUGUGUAAUUCGGGCUUGUGUGAAUGGUGGUGGUCUUGGAGACCACCAUAAUUUUGAUACUAUAGAGAUUACAAAUAAUGCUAGAAGAGGUGCUAGAAAUAUUGUAAUUAAGAGAGUUGCUGAUGAAUUGGAUGAGUUAGAAGGUUCUAGUAGUUCAAGAAACAAUUUUGCUAGUAGUUUUCAAGAAGAUCCUUUUGUAGAUAAGUUAAGAACUCAAUUAGGGGUGAUGCAUCCAUUACCUUCACCUCCAAUAAAUCGAAGUAUUUUUGGUCUUUUCGCGUUGUUUUUCUUCGUUGGUGUUGUUUUUGAUAAGGUUUGGACAUCUAGAAAGGGAAAUUCUAAGGUAGAUAAUCGAGGGAACACACCGCGUGUCCCAACGAAUAUUUCGUCGUUGUUGUUGUUGGAGAAAGAUUUGCAAAGGAAAGAAUCAGUGGAAUGGGUGAAUAUGGUGUUAGGGAAGUUGUGGAAGGUUUAUAGACCUGGAAUUGAGAAUUGGAUCAUUGGUUUGCUUCAGCCUGUUAUUGACAAUUUGAAAAAGCCUGAUUAUGUAGAGAGAGUUGAGAUAAAGCAAUUUUCGCUCGGGGAUGAGCCUCUUUCUGUUAGGAGCGUGGAGCGGAGAACUUCUCGUCGAGUCAAUGAUUUGCAGUAUCAGAUAGGCCUCCGAUACACUGGUGGUGCUCGCAUGCUAUUAAUGCUGUCCCUAAAAUUUGGAGUUAUCCCCAUUGUUGUGCCAGUCGGCGUUAGGAACUUUGACAUUGAUGGUGAACUCUGGGUCAAAUUACGAUUAAUACAAACAGAGCCUUGGAUUGGAGCUGCUUCUUGGGCUUUUGUUUCCCUUCCGAAGAUAAAGCUUGACUUGUCACCAUUCCGUUUGUUCAACCUAAUGGCAAUUCCUGUUCUAUCAAUGUUCUUGAAGAAACUUCUUACUGAAGAUUUACCUCGUCUCUUUGUCCGUCCGAAAAAAAUUGUGUUGGAUUUUCAGAAAGGGAAGGCAGUUGGCCCUGUUCCGAAUGAUCUCAAGUCUGGUCAAAACGAACCUCCUAAGUCUGGAGAAAUGCAAGAAGGAAAUAAGGACUUUGCUGGAGAACUAUCUGUGACUCUUGUUGAUGCAAGGAAACUCUCUUAUAUCAUCUAUGGCAAAACUGAUCCAUAUGUUAUUCUAAAACUUGGAGAUAAGGUAAUACACAGCAAAAGAAACAGUCAAACUACUGUUAUUGGACCUCCUGGAGAGCCUAUAUGGAAUCAGGAUUUUCACAUGUUUGUCACAAACCCCACGAGACAAAAGCUGUAUGUAGAAGCAAAGGAUUCCCUUGGAUUUACAGAUUUGAGUAUCGGCUCAGGAGAGGUUGAUCUGGGAUCUCUCGAAGAUACUGUACCAACAGACGUGAUUGUGGUCCUCAAAGGUUGGGGACUACUUGGGCCAAGGCCUGUAGGAGAGAUUUUACUGCGACUGACAUAUAAAGCUUAUGUCGAAGAUGAGGAGGAUGAAAAGAUUGAAGCAAGAUCCAUGGAUUUGGAUGCUUCAGAUGAUGAAUUGUCCGACUUCGAUGAACGAGAUACUGCUGUCUAUGAGCAGCUUGGGAAGAGUAUGUCAAGUGGAACAGAUAAAGAAUCAUUUAUGGAUUUAUUAGCAGCGUUAAUUGUCAGCGAGGAAUUCCAAGGGAUCGUGGCAUCUGAAACAGGCAAUGGUAAAUCUGUAGAUGAGUUUAAAACUAGAGUGUCAACAUCAAGACAACGUGCUCCUACUAGAUCUGUAGAGCAAAAUUCUGAUACUCUUCCUGAAAAUUUUGGAGAAUCGGCCCUGUUUUGGCUAGCGAUUAUUACAAGUAUAUCAGUUCUAAUUGCUCUCAAUGUCAGUGGUUCUAGCAUUUUCAAUCCAUGAAUAACGAAACAAAAUAAAAUUGAUAGAUAGCCCCUGUAACGAAUACAAUUUAGAGCUUCUGCGGGAAUGAUUCUGCCUAACCACACAGUUGUCACCACUCUGGGAUUGCCCGAACAGAAACCUUAUAUUCGAGGCUGGGCAAUUGCUUCCUCCUAUUUCUGUCAAGUGUUGUACAAUCUUAACAUUUUAACUAGAUCAACAACUCAAACCCUGCCCCCAUCCCCCACAAUCCCAAUAGCAAAUGAAGGGAAUUCCCAGACACACAUAAAAGAGAAGAGAACAUUAAAAAUAUACUACAAUGAGAGGUAUAUAUUCUUGUUGGCGGCAAAUUUUGGCCAUCCUUUUUCUCUUGGUAUUUGUUGCAUCCUGUAAAUUCUCACUCUCUCUCCCUCUCUGUGUGCACGCUCGUUUAUACUAAACUGUCACAGCUGUAGUGGCACAAUGAGGUUUUCGUCUUUACAAGCGAGCAUUAGUUAGAUUCAAUCUCAAGGGUCUGCUAAGCCGUUGAAACUAGUGAAAAUAGUUGUAGCAACUCUGUUGUCUCCUUCAACCUUCCUUUUUCUUCAUUGUUAAAGUGGUAAGUGAAAGGGGAAUAGUAUUAUUUAAUGACAGUACUGUCAAUGUCACGAUAUUACGUAGCUUAGAUUAUUUUAACAUCCAAUUGUUGCUUGCUACUUCAUGUGCCUGUGAAGGUACUGGAUGCCUGAACCUUGUUAUUUCUUCAAUGACCUGUUUUGCCUGCAGUUAGUGGAAAUGUCAAGUACAUGGGGUUAAUAUUGUUUA